AUGGGUUUUCUUGCAAAAAUCUUUUAGUUUCGUUGUUUAAUUCAUCAUGUUAAAUCUAAAUUUCUUGAUAGAUUUAAUCUGCUACUUUGCAUUUUUCUUCAGAAAGAUGAUAGUAUUCAGUUUGUGUUUUAUCUAUGCAUUCUAUUAACUUUUUUUACUCUUCAUUAAAAUUGCAUGAUUUCUUGUUUGCAGGAAUUCCACCACUAGCUUGUAAGCUUUUUAAUAGAUCUUAUUGGAAUUAUUCAAGUAGUUCUCUUGCUCUUGAAGCUCUUCUGUCUAACUCUUAAAUCAAACGUAAAUUACGAUUAACUUCAAGAGGUAAAUAAUGAAUUUUUUCUAUGUAAUCAUCAAGAUAUGACAUUUAUUCUUGGAUAUUGGAAUAGUUUUUUAUAAGAAUGCUAGUAAUCUAUCUAUUUAUGA